AUGCAUUAUUUAGACGAUUAUCUUGAGUUACUUGAUCCAUUACCGGAAAUGAUGCGUGAAAAAUUAACAAUGAUGCGUGAAUCUGACUUAAAAAUUCAAGCUGAUUUUGACAAAUUAGAAGAGAAUACAUCUCAAUUUUUAUCGUCUUAUCGCCAAUAUCAAUCACAACAAUCUUCACCACAACGAACACGAAUACAAAUUAAACGACAAAAUAGUGACAAGGAAGAAGUAGAAAAUAUACCGGGAGAUGUUGAACAACAGAGAAAACAACUUGAAUAUGAUAAAUUAGUUGAAAAAUAUCAACAAUUAUUACAGCAGACAACAACAAAAGCGACAUUAGCCAAUGAAUCACACGAUAUUAUUGAACGAUAUUAUAAAAAAUUAGAACAUGAUUUGAAUAAAUUUAAAAUGGAAUUAGAAGCUGAUUAUUCUGGUAUUACUGAAACAUUAGAAAAACGUUAUGCGAGCGAAGGAUUCAAUGAGUAUGAAAAUACAAAUAAUUUUUAUGAUAGUGAGUAG